AUGAGGGCAUCAUCCGUCGUUGCAAGCCAGUACUUAUACUGGUUUUGUCACAAUCGCGAUCAUCGUCAGAAUCGGGAGAGAGAUUCGUCCCAUGAUCGCCGGUCGCCAGCUCCUGUUCGGUCAGUCCGCUUCGUCCCCGUCACCAAUCGCCACUGUAACACUGGUUUUGUCUUGGGUUUCGUUGCUUAUUGCAGUCCCGCACCAUGCCCUCACCAGUUCGCCGGCCAAUCUAGACUCCUCGCCGCCCUAAGCUUUCCUACCGUCGUUGACAGCUCUUGA